GGAUGUAUAAAUUUGAUGACCGUUCCUGACUCCGAAGAAUAUCAGGUAUAUAAAAUGUUUUUAAAUAAAUCACAGGGCAGGGUAAUGUUGAGUAACAGUUCAUAACAAAGACAAACAUCCGGAGCAACACACAAACCAGAAUUGUCUUAAGAACAUGGACCCAAUCAACAGUGAUGAUGAGCCACUUCUCAGUCCGAACGAAAAGCGAUUUGUCAUCUUUCCCAUUCAGUAUCCAGAAAUGUGGAAAAUGUACAAACAAGCACAGGCCUCAUUCUGGACAGUUGAAGAGGUAGAUUUAUCAAAGGAUCAGGCCAACUGGGAAACACUGAACUCCGAUGAGAAAAAAUUUAUAUCUCACGUCUUGGCUUUCUUUGCAGCAAGUGAUGGCAUCGUCAAUGAGAACUUGGUGCAGAGGUUCAGUCAGGAGGUGCAGGUUCCAGAGGCACGCUUUUUCUAUGGCUUCCAGAUCUUCAUUGAGAAUGUGCACUCAGAGAUGUACAGCCUGCUGAUUAACACAUACAUCAAGGACCUAAAGGAGAGAGACUUUUUAUUUAAUGCCAUUGAAACCUUGCCUUGUGUGAAACGAAAAGCUGACUGGGCUUUGCAGUGGAUCUCUGACACCAACUCCACAUUUGGGGAGAGAUUAGUAGCAUUUGCAGCUGUUGAGGGAAUCUUUUUCUCAGGAUCAUUUGCUGCCAUCUUCUGGUUGAAGAAAAGAGGUCUGAUGCCUGGACUCACCUACUCCAAUGAGCUCAUCAGCAGAGAUGAGGGUUUGCACUGUAAUUUUGCCUGCCUUAUAUACAGCCAUUUGGUGAAAAAGCCAUCAGCUGACAGAGUGAAGGAUAUUAUCAUGAAUGCAGUUAGCAUUGAACAGGAAUUUCUGACUGAGGCUUUACCAGUUGACCUCAUUGGGAUUAACAGCUCUUUGAUGAAGCAAUAUAUCACAUUUGUGGCUGACCGCUUGUUAACUGACUUGGGAAUACCUAAAAUAUAUAAGGCAGAAAACCCAUUCGAUUUCAUGGAGUUCAUCUCCCUUGAAGGAAAAACCAACUUCUUUGAGAAACGUGUGGCCGAGUACCAACGGUUUGGAGUGAUGACAAAUGGAACGGACUCUGAAUUCACUCUUGAUGCAGAUUUUUAAUGCUUUAUACUGAAAGAACUGAUUUUAUAUUUAUCUCUGGCUCCGAACCAGCACUCAAAUUGCCUUGGUGGAAAACGAACAUAAUUCCUUUCUACUAGAAAGAAUCUACCUGAGGAAAAUAAAAGUAUUUUACAGAGUAUGGUACAAAGAUUUUCCUAUGAAAAUUAACAAAUCUGUAGCUUCUUUUGUAUACUUUCUGGCAUCUAAAUUAUUUUUUAUUAAUUAUUAAAAAAACCCUGUAUGUAAUAGUUUUCUAAUGAAACAGUAAUUAUAUUUAUAUUAUUAAUUUGUUAUUUUAUUUUUAAGAAAACUGACACCCCACCUCACCUCGGUAUGAUGUUUAAAACGAUGAUUAUCAGUGUUACAUGAAAAUAAUGCACAUGUAAACACCAGUUAAUGUUCACAGAACAAAUACUGUUCUUGUUAACUUGUUUUGAAAGGUGUUAUUUAUGGUAUUGUUCCAUUGUAUUCAGCAAAGGUUUGCAAAAUUUACAAUAAAGAUUUAUAGAAAAUCUUUGAUCAUAAA